UGUCUGUCUACCUUGCGUCUGUAUACCGGAGAGAGUUGAUGUGUACCUACAGAAUUCGUGUUGUGUCUCCUUGGAGGCCUGGCUUCCUAAUCAACCGCCAAGUCACCGACUGAGGUGCACUCACACUGAGGCGCAGCGAUUCAGUCGAUGGCAUGGUGGCUGGCGAAGGGGUGACCGGACCGACAAAGCAGGACCGAGAACGAACACGAUGCAUGCAUCAUAUGGAAGCCUAUGCAGUGCACACGCAUUCAUAUGAUCUUCAUCAAGAGUCCGGCCAGGUGGUCAAAGAGCUUCCUAUCCAGCUGCCCCAGUGCAGACAGUCCACCAAACACCCUUGCCACUGUCCAGUAAGCGCUUUGAAUGCCCCCCGCCUCGCUCCUGUCCGUUUGCCCCUCACCAUGCUCUCCCCAUGCACCACCAGACACCACCCCACCCCCCCGCUCCAACACAUUCCCCCUGUCCAUCAACACGCGCUUGAUGUCCUCGGCCAGCUGAGUGAUGAACUCCCGCACCUCUUCUGUCUCUUGUCGAUGCUCAUCCAUCCGGCUCGAUGCUGCGGCCAGCCCGGUAAUGAUAUGGCUGAGGUCCUUCAUAGGCAGGCGGGUCAGAAUCAUGCGCAACGCGGUCAUCUGAGCCGCAGAUGGGGCGUACGGGAUGUCGGGUGGCGGCUGCGUAUCGGCCGCAGGAGCAUGGGUGCAGGUCAUGGCGAGGAGAUAACAGCCGAUCGCCGGCCAGAGGUGAUGCAGCUCUUGCACAGGCGCACCCCUGCAUCCAUCCAUCCAUCAAUCCAUUCAUCCGAAACGUAUGCGUGUGAGGCUGCCGUGCCGUGUCGCCCUGUGUGGUGUGGUGUGGUGUGGUGUGCAUACCUGCCGAAUCCUUCCACGAAUGUCCCCAGCUGCAGGUCACGAACGUCGAUGUGCGCCGCGUCCCCUACAGAGGCCAGCCUCCCCCCAUAGUCACUUAUCAGCCACCGAGAGACCUCAGAGAAGAAAGGACCGCUCUGCUCGCCUUCGGCAGCAAAGACGUAAGCCACAAAGGCGAGUGAAUGGGUGUGGUGGCCCACAAGCAUCCGCGUCAAGGCAGCCUGAAGGCGCUCUACUGACGGUGAGGACACAGCCUCCCCCCUCUUGGUUUCUCUCAACGUUGCCCAUGCGACUGACGGCAGGUCGGCGGCAGAGAAGUGGGGACCCCGCUGCUCUACUUCCUUGGUCAGAGCGGUCAGCACUGCCUCGCUACGCGCCGCACUCAGCUGCUGGCUUUCUCCCCGAUGGACACAGUAGCUCCACAGGAGGUUGGCCACAGCCUGGUGAGAAUAGCUCGCGAGAAUGCCCCUCCUGCCGUCAGCGAGUAUGCGAUGCUCCACAUGACGAAAGAAGGCCACAAUCAUGCCUGCAGUGCGACGAUCGUGGCGCUGGUGCUGCUGGUGGCGCCACGUGGUCAGUGCCCAUGCAAGGGUCGACAUCUCCUUCGGCUUCAGAGAGCGGAAAUCACCGAGGACGCGGCGGAUAGCAUGGCUGAUAGCAGCAGCAUCGACCGCCCAGUUGAGCCGCGCCAGCCCCCAGACCGACAUGCUCACCUCCUGGAGCCUCAUUCUUUCCCAACUGCUGCGAGCGAGGAGCAUGUCGAGCAGCCCACGCCGCAGAUCUGAAAUGGCCUCACGGCAGCGCUCAUUUCUGAGCAGUCCCCUGUUCUUGAGCGCGGCCAACGCCCACAGCAGGUUGGCCACUGCCUGAGGAUCGGCCGCUGGGAGAUGGAUGUGCUGAAAGAGGGACGCUAGCAUCAGGGGCGUCGCAGGCGUGUGGAGGGUGCCAUCCUUGGCCAGUCGAUAAACAACAGCCACCGCAUUGCGGACGUCCAUUUGGGGCAGCUUGGUCUCCAGCAGCCACUGCAGCACCGCUGGGGUUGUCGCCUCGUCCAUGAUCUGUGAGUUGAUCCGUCGGUUGAGCUUCUUCUUCUGCACUGCUGAUGGGGGAUCUGGGUUGGGCAGGUGGUCACGGUGUGUGUCAGGCUGGACAUCAGUUCUCAUCCUCCUUGUCUGCCGCUGCGCACGGAAAAGGGCUGGUUCAUGGGCAAUUCUCCAACGCCAAAAGCAGCUGCCUCUCGGGCUCCUUCCCAGCAUCCAUCCAACACAACACCCAGCGGCCGGGUACGAGGGAUUCCCCCUGGAGCGACGAUCUCCGGCAAGCUCGCAUGUCUUUUUUCACCCAAAGUAAGUUAGGACAGCGAAGCAGGCAGUUCUCACGAGUCAGGGAGUGUCAGAGAGACCAGUUGCGCACAAAGGCUUGAAAGACAACUCCACACACGCCUGCGAAGUCGCAGAUCUCUCACCCGUCCUGUGUGUGUGUUGCGCCUGUGUGUGCGCUUUCAGAAGACUGCAACAUCUCGUAUAUGGCUAUUCCAGUGACGAUGACACGAGAU